GUCAUUUUAACAUCAUUUUGUUAACCAUCACAUCAAUUUUCAGUUAUAUUAUUUUUCAUCUGGAAUAGCUUUUUGAUCUUCAAGCGAAACCUAAUUCAAACACUACCCAAACCUACAGAAUGCUAGCGACAUAUUUAGAAAAACCCGUGGAUUUCUCUUUCCAACAGAUACGAAAUUGCAAUCCCACCGCCUUUCUCGACAAAGUCGGGCUGGAAGCUGCCAAAUAUGUCAGAGUCCGGGGAGUCCCCUACAGAGGAUCGAAGAACAAGUACCUAACCAAAUCCCUCUGGUUGAACAAUAACAAGCUGAAGAAUAUGAAGAAUAUCGAUCAAUUAGCCGGUGCUAUAUUGGAGCAUCCCCAUAAGCUGCAAUGGCUGGAUGUUUCUUUUAACCAAUUAAACGAGAUUGAAGCCUCUCUAGACAAAUUUCCAAAUCUUAAAAUGCUCUACCUCCACGGCAACUGUAUAAACGAUUUAAACGAAAUAGGCAAAUUAAAAGUGAACACGAACCUCAAGCAUUUGACCCUCCACGGAAUCCCAUAUCGAAUCACCCGAGAUACAGGGCCUUCGCAAUAGCUCUGUUGCCGCAAUUGAUUAAUCUGGAUUUUACUUCGGUAACCCGGACGGAGAGGGAUUCCCCCAUCCGGCUGAGGCUGUAAAGUACUUCAAGGAAGUAAAGAGAAGGGAGGAGGAGGCGCUGCGCCCUCCUAAAAAGAAGAGAUAGUUUAAUGGUUAUUUAAUCUAAUUGUAUCAAAUGUAAAUAUUGUAUUAAGCGUGAUUUUGUCAAACGUAACGCUUUAUUAAAACACCGGAAAAGAAGGGAAAAGAGCGG